CUGGGAGAGCUGUAAACCACUAUUUUGUCCCUCUGCACUGUCCGUAAGAAAGAUUGGUGGAGAGGUCAAAGAGAUGGCGCCCUUUAGAAACAACAAUCUCGAGUGUUCUAUGGCUUCUGUGUAUAGAAGAAAAAUCCUGGAUAAAGUGGGCUACCGAAAGAUGGGGUGGAAUGCAUCUCCCUCUGCACUGGGACCCAUUACCACAUAGGCACAGAAUUUCCCAGAGGAACUCCUAACUGCAAAAGAAAUAAAUUUACUUGCUGAGAUCCAAAUUGGACUGCAGAGACAGUGAAUGCAAAGUUUUGAUUUAUUCUCUUACAAGAGUGAUAGGAAAGCUGACUAGAAUGCCUAUGGGAGUGAUAUAUGCUUCCGUAAGUGUACAUCUUGCCAAAGAAGAAGAAUCCAAAAAGCAACUAGUGAGACCAGAACAGCUCCCCAUAUAUACUGUGCCACCUCUUCAGUCUAAAUAUGUUGAAGAGCACCCAGGUUAUUUACAAAUGGGCUUUGCAUCCAUCCGCACUACAACUAGUUGUUACAUUGGCUGGUGCAAGAGUACAUAUGUCCUGGUGAAAAAUGGGAUAAUGGAUACUGUACAGUUUGGAAAAGACACAUACGUCUAUCUAAAGAAUCCUCCUCGAGAUUUUCUUCCAAAGUUGGGAGUGAUUACAAUUUCAGGAUUGGUUGGCUUGGUUUCAGCAAGAAAAGGUCCUAGAUUUAAGAAAAUUGCUUAUCCACUAGGACUGGCUACUGUAGGAGCAACUGUUUGCUACCCAGUUCAAUCAGUGAUAAUUGCAAAGGUAACUGGGAGUAAAGCAUAUGCUAUAAGCCAGCAAAUUUAUGAAGCAUUUAAAUCACUGUGGACAAAAAGCACCAAAAAAGAAUCACUCCCUGAGCAUAAAGGAAAAACUAAGCUAGGAAUCUCUGAUGAAAUAGAAAUACCUGCAAAAACAAUUAACAUCGUGAAACAAAAGCCAGAAGACUUCAGUUUUGAAACAAUAGAAUCUACCACAGGUACUACCCCAUUUAUGCCUGACCCUAAACUCAUGGAUCAUGGGCAGUCUUGUCCAGAAGAUGAAGACAUGUACAGCACUAGAAGCUAAAGUAGACUGUAUAAAGAACUACAAUAUGUGUGAAGUUGCAAGUGAUGAUGAAAAAUUCGUGCAGUGGGUAACUGACAUACACUGUAUAAUUUAAAUUGUUUUUCUUUGACAUCUUCCAAUGUAGAGUUUGACCAAUCAUGUAAGUAAUUAACACUGACUGAAUACAAGAUAAAAAUAUUACAAAAUUGAUUAAGUGACACAGGUUGAAGUAUCAGGUCACAUUUGAUGGCUUUUAAUGACAUUUAUUAGAAUCCAAAAAAAGUAAUGACAAACACCAAGGAGACUGAAAUUUGUAUAUAUAUGCUUACAUACACACACACACACACACACACACACACACAUAUAGUACAUAUUUUCAUACACUUUUAUGUGCUUUAAAUUUGCAGUUAAAUGAAAACAGUGUGUGGUGCAGGAUAUGUUCCUUUUUCCCCCAUUUCUCUGAGUUGGAAUAAAAUACCUAUAUGUUAUGA